CCACAAAGACACUUGGCCCGAGUGCUAGGAGAGCGAGGCCACCCGCCUCAGCGGCCCGGGACUCUCCUGGACUCACUAGAGAAUGCGCUCAAGGACGGCGGGGCUACGGAGCUGUGCGGUUUCAACUGGCGAGCACUGAUGGGGGUGCGCUGGAGUAAGGCAGAGUGAUGCGGGGGGGCAGCUCGCCUGGCACCCAGAUCGUCGUUGUGCCCUUCCCCGGACCCGGCGUCGCCCAGGAUGGCUGCCCCGAGCCAUGGGCCGCGGCGGAGCUAGCGCGGAGCGUCCGACCCUCGCCCCCCCGAGUCCCGGAGCCGGCCCCGCGCGGGGCCACGCGUCCCGCGGGCGCUGGUUCCUAAGGACGACGACAGCACCAGCUUUUCCUCUCUUCCUACCCUUCCCUUCCCUGGCCCGCACUCCUCCCCCUGCUCGCUGUUGUGUGUCAGCACUUGGCUGGAGACUUCUUGAACUUGCAGGGAGAGUAACUUGUGCUCCCCACUUCGCGCCGGUGCCUUCGUUGGGGCGGCCAGCCUUGCCGCCUCUGAGCCCCGCCGUCCCUCCGCUCCUCUGCCGGGCCCAACCCGGGACGCCUGGCGUUCCCAGCGGGAGGAGAGGGACUACGCGACCGGCACCGGGAGGAGGAGGAGGAGGAGGACGCAAAGAAAGGGAACUUACUCCCGGUCUCUGCACCAGGUCCUUCGGACACAGCAUUUUCCAUGCGGAGGCUCUUUAAAUGGACGUGUCCCCGCGUGCUUCUUAGACGGACUGCGGUCUCCUAAAGGUCGACCAUGGUGGCCGGGACCCGCUGUCUUCUAGCGUUGCUGCUUCCCCAGGUCCUCCUGGGCGGCGCGGCCGGCCUCAUUCCGGAGCUGGGCCGCAAGAAGUUCGCGGAGUCGUCGGGCCGCUCCUCCUCCCAGCCCUCGGACGACGUCCUGAGCGAAUUCGAAUUGCGGCUGCUCAGCAUGUUCGGCCUGAAACAGCGACCCACCCCCAGCAGGGACGCCGUGGUGCCUCACUACAUGCUGGACCUGUACCGCCGGCACUCGGGCCAGCCAGGCGCGCCCGCUCCGGAUCACCGGCUGGAGAGGGCUGCCAGCCGUGCCAACACGGUGCGCAGCUUCCAUCACGAAGAAUCUCUGGAGGAACUGCCAGAAAGGAGUGGGAAAACGACCCGGCGAUUCUUCUUUAAUUUAAGUUCUAUUCCCACUGAGGAAUUUAUCAUGUCUGCAGAACUUCAGGUUUUUCGAGAACAGAUGCAGGAAGCUUUGGAAAACAAUAGCAGUUUCCAUCACCGAAUUAAUAUUUAUGAAAUUAUAAAACCUGCAACAGCCAACUCAAAAUUUCCCAUGACCAGACUUUUGGACACCAGGUUAGUGAAUCAGAAUGCCAGCCGGUGGGAAAGUUUUGACGUCACCCCCGCUGUGAUGCGGUGGACAGCACAGGGACAUACCAACCAUGGGUUUGUGGUGGAAGUGACCCAUUUAGAGGAGAAGCAAGGUGUCUCCAAGAGACACGUGAGGAUUAGCAGGUCUUUGCACCAGGAUGAGCACAGCUGGUCACAGAUGAGACCAUUGCUAGUAACUUUUGGCCAUGACGGGAAAGGACAUCCUCUCCACAGAAGAGAAAAGCGUCAAGCAAAACACAAACAGCGGAAACGCCUCAAGUCCAGCUGUAAGAGACACCCUUUGUACGUGGACUUCAGUGACGUGGGCUGGAAUGACUGGAUUGUGGCCCCUCCUGGGUAUCAUGCCUUUUACUGCCACGGGGAGUGCCCUUUUCCCCUGGCUGAUCACCUGAACUCCACUAAUCACGCUAUUGUUCAGACAUUGGUCAACUCCGUGAACUCCAAGAUUCCUAAGGCCUGCUGUGUUCCAACAGAACUCAGUGCAAUCUCCAUGCUAUACCUUGAUGAGAACGAAAAGGUUGUAUUAAAGAACUAUCAGGACAUGGUUGUGGAGGGUUGUGGGUGUCGUUAGCACAGCAAAAUAACAAAUAAAUAUAUAUUUUAGAAAAAAGGAAAAAGAAAAAAAAAAUCCUCAAACCUCCCUUCCCCACCAAAACAAAACCAGUUGACACUUUAAUUAUUUCCCAAUGAAGACUUUAUUUAUGGAAUGGAAUGGGAAAAAAAAAAAAAACAGCUAUUUUGAGAAUAUAUUUAUGUCUACAAAAAGAAGUUGGGAAAACAAAUAUUUUAAUUAGAAAAUUAUUCCUUAAAGAUUUAAAAUGUAUUUAGUUGUACAUUUUAUAUGGGUUCAACCCCAGCACAUGAAGUAUAAUGGUCAGAUUUAUUUUGUAUUUAUUUACUAUUAUAACCACUUUUUAGAAAAAAUAGCUAAUUUGUAUUUAUAUGUAAUCAAAAGAAGUAUCGGGUUUGUACAUAAUUCUCCAGAAGUCGUAGCUGUUUUCAGUUGUGUAUUUAAGAUGAGAAGUCUACAUGGAAGGUUACUCUGGCAAAGUGCUUGGCACAUUUGCUUGGUUUUGUUUUUAUUUUUUUCUUUUUGCAGCGCUACUGUUAAGUUCACAAGUUUAAGUCCAGAAAAAAAAAAAGUGGAUAAUCCACUCUGCUGACUUUCAAGAUUAUUAUAUUAUUCAAUUCUCAGGAAUGUUGCAGAGUGGUUGUCCAGUCCGUGAGAACUUUCGUCCUUACUGGGUGGAAUAUUUGGAUAGGAAUCAGAUAUUACUGAUCUGAUAUAGAAACCCUUCUCCUACCCCUCAAUUUGCAGAAAGAAUAAAGCAGGACCAAUAAAAAUAAUCAGAAAAAUGAUUAACAUGCAGGAAAAUGAAUUAAAGUUGUUUUUUUUUCCCCCCUAAACUAGUGAUCCCUUCCAAGGGGCUGAUGUGGCCAAAGUAUUCAAUAAAACAUACAAUUUCUUUGUUAAUAUUGUGGUCAUGUAUAUUUUAAAUUGACAUCUUGUGGCCCUCAAGAGUUGGAAAUUGAUUUGCAUUUUGCUUUUACCUUGUCAGGGAGCUCCAAAGUACCCAAUUUUCUAAUUUUGCCCAACACACAGCAAAAUUGUGCACGUCAUGUUUUCUGCCCACACCCUGUUCUCUUACCGAUCAGCUUGCUUUUCUUUCCAAGGCUAUGUGUUUGAACACAUUUCUCCAAAUGUUAAAUCUAUUUCAGAUAAUAAAUAUCAAAGCUCUGGCAUUUCAUUCUAUAAAGUCCAACCUGUGAGAGAAAA